CUCCUAGGGUUCUCUCUUUUCCCAUUACAUCCUACCCCUUCACCGCGUGCAUGGCUCUUUCCGCCGGUGUGCACGGAGACCAACCCUCCAAACGCGAACUCUUCGACGCUACGCUCUCGGGCGCACAAGAUCCGCCUUAUAUCCCUCGACUGAGAUCGGAUCUACCAACUUACCGGCCAGUGCCACAUAGUCUACAGGAAUUUCGUGAACAGGAGGGUCAUGAAGCACGCGAAAGGCGGCUGCGCGAGCUGUGGUCACGGCUACCGCAGCGGAGCGGGAGCCUCGAUGCGGAUGACGAACGUUUUGCGGAGACCUACGCAGUCAAAGCCGACGGUGCGUUGACUCCAGAGACGGCGAGGAAGCUGCAAGAGAUGUACGACAACGAGCUACGGUCUCGGUGCGGGGCACAUACCAGCGGCUUCUUGCAUCGGAAGACGUCAUGGAGGGAGUUCCGAAAGUAUGCGGACAUGAAAGAAGCUGAGCUAUGGCAUAUGUUCCAUCACGAACUGGAUCUAGACGGCAACGGUCGUCUGGAUGCCGGUGAACUGCUGCACGCCUUGAGGAAAGCCGACAUCCAGCUAUCCCCUGCUACACUGUCCGAAUUCAUGGCAUAUCUCACAUCUUCACCCCAUUCUCAUGCAAUCAACUUUCAAGAGUUCCGUGACUUCCUGCUGCUGAUGCCACGACAAGCAUCGCCAUCCGAGAUGUUCAGGUACUACGAGGUGAAGAGAUUUGCCAGUGACGAGUUGAGAGGAGCUGCCCGCGUCAACAUGGAAGGCAACGUUAGCCUUAGCGCAGAGGAUAUGUCCAAGCCAAGAUUUUGUGCAUCUCUUCACGUUGCGGAAAACGUAGAAACUCCCGUGGACCACACCCGCGGCGGCCUGGCGGACGAUGACGACAUAGAUGAGGAUGAGUAUACGGAGGAUGAGCAUCGGAGUUGGCUUGCAGGCUCUACUGCUGUCAAAUAUCUCCUUGCGGGAGGUAUUGCAGGUGCUGUAUCUCGAACGUGCACAGCACCUUUUGAUCGUCUGAAGAUCUUCCUCAUAACACGACCGCCAGACCUCGGUGGCGUGUCUCUCAGCUCUCAAGCACCUGCACGCGGGGUAAAGGCGAUUGGAGGUGCUGUCGCACGCAUAUAUGCGGAAGGAGGCGUUCGGGCUUUCUGGACAGGCAAUGGAUUAUCCGUCGCGAAGAUCCUCCCAGAGUCAGCCAUUAAGUUCCUGACUUAUGAGUCAUCCAAACGUAUGUUCGCCCAACACUGGGACCACGUUGAGGAUCCACGGGAGAUCAGCGGUAUCAGUCGCUUUCUCUCAGGUGGGAUUGGUGGGUUAAGCAGCCAGCUCAGUAUCUACCCUAUCGAGACGCUUAAGACUCAAAUGAUGAGCAGCACGGGGGAGCAGAAACGGACUUUGCUAUCUGCUGCGCGCAAAGUAUGGGGACUGGGAGGGUUGCGCGCGUUCUAUCGCGGAUUGUCUAUCGGACUUGUCGGUGUUUUCCCGUAUUCCGCCAUUGACAUGAGCACAUUUGAAGCGCUCAAGUUGGCAUACCUGCGAUCUGCGGGCAAAGACGAACCGGGGGUACUCGCCCUGCUUGCAUUUGGCAGUGUGUCCGGAAGUAUAGGAGCGACGAGUGUAUACCCUUUGAACCUGAUCCGAACACGUCUGCAAGCGUCUGGGUCUUCGGGUCAUCCAGAGCGAUAUACUGGAAUACUCGAUGUCGCACGUAAGACGUACGCACGAGAUGGCUGGCGGGGCUUCUAUCGCGGACUGUUUCCGACGUUGGCUAAGGUUGUUCCCGCCGUAUCGAUAUCUUACGUCGUAUAUGAAUCUACCAAAAAGAAAUUGGGUGUAUAGUCGCAUUUUGCAUUCGCUUUCGAUCCCUAGAUUUCACUGUUUUCCAGUUAUUACACACUGUAUCUACUAUAUACUCACAUCCGUAACGGACUGCACGCAUGUUUUCGCUGUGUCCCUCCUUUGAUUGUAGAGGAGCUAGACGGCUUACCUAAUGAAUCUUACAACUGACGUGUAGGAUUGA